GAGGCGGUGUUGCAUUCCGGAACAAUUAUCCUGUGGGACAUUGCUUAUAUCGUGACGUGGUUGGAGUGAUAGAAAUAAACUACAUUAGUGAACGAUCUGUAGUUAUGGACUAAUUCAGUUGGUAUUUUAUUCUCAACAUAUGUCAAACAGUGCAGUCUUAUCUGGCAUUGAGACCUCUUGGCAUUGUGGUUGUUGUUGAUUUGAGGCUUCUGCGCGGGGACACGCCUAUCAUCCAUAGCGCUGUGACUCUCUGUCCCUGCGUCAUCAUGAAGCUGUACAGCCUCAGCGUCCUCCACAAAGGAGCGACAAAAUCCAACCUCCUUAAAUCUGCCUAUGACCUAUCCUCCUUUAGCUUCUUCCAACGCUCCAGUGUCCAAGAGUUCAUGACCUUCACCAGCGCCUUGAUUGUGGAGCGUUCUGCACACGGCAGCCGAGCCUCAGUCAAAGAACAAGAGUACCUGUGCCACGUGUAUGUGAGGAAUGACAGUCUGAGUGCAGUGGUGAUAGCAGACAGCGAGUACCCUCAAAGGGUCGCCUUCACACUACUAGACAAGGUGCUAGAGGAGUUCUCUAGACAAGUGGACAGCAUAGACUGGCCAUCUGGAAACCCUGAAACCAUCAACUACAAAGCUCUGGACAUCCACCUGGCCAAGUACCAGAACCCCAGAGAGGCAGAUGCUAUGACCAAAGUGCAGGCUGAACUGGACGAGACAAAGAUCAUUCUGCACAACACCAUGGAGUCUCUGUUGGAAAGAGGGGAGAAGCUGGAUGAUCUGGUGCAGAAGUCUGAACACCUUGGGAACCAGUCUAAAGCCUUUUAUAAGACUGCACGGAAGCAGAACUCAUGCUGCGAGGUCAUGUAAUGACUGUGAACUGUCCUCUUAGACACAUCUCUUGGCCUUUCUGCUCAUCCUACAACUCCCAUCAUGCCCCAGCCUCCAGGAGAUAGAAUGGCCUCCGCUCAGUCACUGGGAGGGCACAGAGGCAGUUGGGUGGGGGGGUUGGCAGUGGAAAUUAUUAUAUUUAUUUGCUUCAUUGUAACCUCUCAAAAGGCAUUGAGGUGGUUCAUAGCCAGCCAGGAUGUGGUCCAUCAAUAACGUGUUGUUUGUAUCUUUGGUGGUUUGUUCUUUGAAAAAAGGCUUAAAGUGUUUCCUGAAUUUCAGACUGUAUCAGAAUCUUGUGUUUUGAAGGAGGAGAGAUUAAGUUCUCAUGCUUGGCUUUAAAGCAACCCUGACAAUCUCGCUCUGUUCUAUGUAGUAACUCACAGCUAACGUUAAACAAGAGACUUCUGGAACCCAGGAUCUGCUGGUGUUCUCGUAAAGGUAUUGUAGUGUCGGUGUAUUUUCUUUUCCCACUAGAUGGUGCUGUUUCCUCACAUUCGUAGUUCAGGUAUAUUCAGUUACAUAUUUAAAGGGCCUCUGUAUCCUGGAGGAAUUAUAUUCUAUGUAUUGUGAUUUGGGGGAGCAGUGGCUGUUUGUAACUGGGUCUGAGACAUCAGAACUCCAUGAUCAAAUUGCUCAUUUCCACAGAAUGUUUUAGGGUAGUGAUUUAAUCGUAUUAAAUCAUGGGGGUUUUGUGGAGGCAUGUGAAAACUUUCCAGUUUUUGAUUGGUAUUGCUCGUGCAGAUGGGCUUGUUAAACUAAAUUGGGUAGCCUGUACUUAGAAAGCAGUGUGUAGUGAUGUCUAUAGACUCGUCUUGAGAUACUAAGCCUUAUUGAAUUAUGGGUUACAUUGAAGUCCUGCUGUGUAUGAGUAUGUGGUAUGAAAGGCAGGUCUUGCAGUGUCCUACUGGAGUUGCGCUGUAAUCCCUCCAAAGCUUUUUUAAAUUUUGUGUUUCACAGAGUAGG